AUGGCCAUCCUGGGACCGUUCGGGUCGACUUCGACUCAGCCCCGUAAGCUCUCCAAACGCUUGAAGAGAAGCUCGGCACCACCAGUCUCGCAACAAUGGGUGGUUGAUACCGCCGUCCGAACCGACGACGGAAGAACGGCAGAUGACGGGGCUGCUAUUUAUAAACCAGAGACGCUGGGAAAAGGGGCUGUAAUUUCCACGUCGAUCGUAGCGCUUGGUGGUCGCUGGCUGCAGGGUCAGCUGCGCGCUACCGCUCUCGAGCGAGAGGGUGUCAGUGGAUGCGCCUCGCCCUGGGUGCGCCUGUCGGGCUACGAGGUCGGCGCUAUUCUCCAGUCGGGUGGGCAUCAAUUUACAAAACACCAGAGGACCCGAUCUGCUACAGCCGCCGUGGUCUAUCGGUCGAGAUAUGAUCAGAGCUUCUUGAUUCCUGCACCGCCCGCUCCGUCAAGCAGGAGGAACCACAACAUGUCCGUCAUGGCGCCAGGCCCGAUCCACACGCCGCAUGCCGGCGGCUUUGCUCCCAGCCUUGCUGGCAGAGACUCCAUGGCCAGGGAGUUUGCCAUGAGAGGAAAGACAAACAAUAUCAUCAUGACCCCCAAUGGGCCGAUGCCGGCACCCAUGCCUCAGCGCCAACAACAGCAUCAACCCAUGAGGGCCGCCCCGAGGUCCCCGGGCUCCUACGCUCAGUUUGACAACCGACCUGUUACGUACGAUCGCAAUGGCCGGCCACUCAGCAGCUCCUCCAACAGCACCGUCAUGACGAGGGACAGCUACGAUGCAAGGAUGCGCAGUCCGGCGAGCAGCCGAACCAGUUUCGAGUCCUGGGACUCGCACCCGCGAAGACCUGAGCACGGCUGGCAGCGCCCUGCACCCAUCAAGCAGUACAGGAGGAGAGCUCUCCAGCCGGGAGAGCAGUUUGCGGCGUUGCCAGACGAAGUUCUAGACCUCAUCAUGAGUGAGCUCCGGAAGUCACACCUGAGGGAGGACAGUUUCAGCUGUGCGACAUGCAUGAUGCGAGACCUUUGCUCCGUUGCCCUCUCCUCCCGACGCCUGCUCCAUGUAGCUCGCAAGGCCCUAUACGAGGAUAUCCUACUUGUGGGCAGCGACUCACAACUGCAGAAGAAGCGCUACAAGAUUAACCACGGGUCGCGAAUGGUACUCCUCCGACGGACUUUGAGGGCCAAUCCUCGAAUUGCCGCCGUCGUCCACAGUCUCAAGGUCCCAACACAGCCUCAGGGGAUGGCCAUCGAUCAGUACACGAAUCUGAUCGCCUCCCUCAUUAUGGCAUGCCCAAAUUUCGAAAGACUGAUUGGGCCACAUCAAACCUACGAUCACAGCUUCAGCAGGCUCUUCCACGCCUUAUCGACGCGCGAGAAGCUCCAGGAGAUGACCUGGGUCGUGGAGGCAUCUGCAACACAACGACAACUACGCAGGCGCCCAACCGACGACACAGAACCCGAGGACCUUCUCCCACAGCAGAGCACCGCCUUCUUGGACCUGAAUAUGCAUUGGCCACAGCUCACGACGCUGUCGAUUCAUUGCCUUCCCGGUGCCGCUUUGACACCUGUCUCACUAGUCGCAACCGCCAUCUCCACCAUGCCCGCACUCCAGCAACUCAACCUCUCGGGGCUCUCGCGCACGUGCUUUGACGACCGAGACUUGCUAUCUUUGCCACCGCUGGGGUCGCUGUCUUUGUCUCACCUUCCGGGAAUCACUGCUUCAGGAUUGGCUACAUACGUGACGCGGCAGUCGAGCCAAUCACUACGCAGCCUAACGCUGCAGCAUAUGAAUUUGGAUUCUCUUCAGGCGCUCGGGCGUAUUUUCUUGAACCUCAAGUCGUUGGAGACACUCAACCUCGUUCAGGCCGUGACACCAGUCCUCGCUGAGGGCGAGAUGAUUUGGCUCUAUCCAUACUUGGCAUCUAACUCCCUGAAGAGGCUUCACUGGGAUAUUACUAGCCACGAGACCUGUGCCAAUAUUGCAGACUCCAUUCUCGCGAAAAGCAUAGCCGCCAACGGCUUCCCAUCCCUUCGACUUCUCCGGGCGCCCAACGAUCCCGAAGGGAUUUUCCAAAAUCUCUGCAGGCCAGUAGACAAGAUCGAGAAGCCAAGCGAUAAGUAUAGAGGGCGCGGCCUGGUCGCAACGAUUGACGCUGGCCCAACCACACCCAAGACACCUACAACACCGAGCAAAUCCCCGUUCAAAACACCUAGCACACCGUUCUUUGCUGCCCUGGACGAGCCUAAGCCUUCGAGCAAUUUACAACUAGCUCGCCGUGCAGCGCAAAGUCGGCUUGAAGAUGCACGAGAAGAACCGAGAUGGACCGUGAAUGUCAUCGAAGAGGAUGGAGAAGUGGUCGAGUCCUGGGGCAUGGCCGGUUUCAUGGGCGAGAUUGGGUCUCCGAUUCACUAUUGCCUGUUGCCCGACCCAGGUGCUUCCGACGAGAAUGGCGGCCUCGUGCUGUUCUCCGAUAUCCUGAACGAGGGCCGCGAGGACUUGAACGAUAAAGAAGGCUGCACCGGCCGGUGGAACCACUAUGGCUACGUUACUGCCGAAAGGAAGGACAAGGAAAAGUGGUGGCACACGGAGCGUGCCAGAUGGACAGAGGUGCGCUUACCUUGCUAA